AACGACGACAGUGAGUAGGGCGCAUUUCAGAACCUGGGAGCUAUCCAUUGUGCACGAGCCAGUUGAAAAGAGGUAGACGGUGAUAAUGGCCAAGGUGAAGCAGGUAGGCUUACUGGCAGCAGGCUGCCAACCUUGGAACAAAGAUGUGUGUGCUGCUAGUGGGGACCGCUUCGCCUACUGUGCUACUUUGGCUAUAUACAUCUACCAGUUGGAUCAGCAGUACAAUGAAUUUAAGUUGAGAUCCAUCAUGUCAGAACACAAGAAGACCAUAACAGCUAUCAGCUGGUGUCCUGACAACCCUGAUCUAUUUGCGUCAGCAUCAGCUGAUAACUUGCUCAUCGUGUGGAACGUAGCAGAACAGAAGACUGUUGCCAGAUUGGACAAUACCAAAGGUGUUCCUGCAUCAGUAAGUUGGUGCUGGAACUUUUCUGACGGAGUGGCGUUUGUUUCCCAACGUGGCCCGCUGUAUAUCUGGGUAUAUGGAGGUACUGACCCUGGGGUCACAGUGCAUAAAGAAGCCCACUCCUUCCUAUCUGAUAUCUGCCUCUUCAGAUGGCACCCCACCAAGAAAGAAAAACUUGUGUUUGGACACACAGAUGGAAGUUUGUCUGUUUUUCAGCCAGGGAGUAAAGGCCAAAAGCAUGUGUUGCGUCCAGAGUCGUUAGAAGGGACAGAUGAAGAGGACCCAGUCAGUGCUCUCGAAUGGGACCCUUUGUCAACUGACUACUUAUUGGUGUCUAACCUUCAUAAUGGCAUCAGGCUGGUGGACAGCGAGGCCUUGGCUUGUAUCACCGUCUUCUGCUUCCCCUCAGCUGCUGCAUCAGUUCAGUGUUUGGCCUGGGUCCCCUCAGCACCAGGCAUGUUCAUCACUGGAGACUCCCAGGUUGGAGUCUUGAGGGUAUGGAAUGUGUCUCGCUCCACUCCUUUGGACAGCUUUAAACUGAAAAAGACUGGAUUUCAUGCUUUGCAUGUCUUAAACUCCCCGCUUGCUAAGAAAGCUCAGAGUUCCUGUUCUCCCAGUAAAGGUCACCACAUCAGUUCCACCAGUGAGGCUGUACCUCCUCCAACCUUGACGCAGAACUGGUCCUUCUCUCUCCCUCCUGGCCAUGCUGUGUGCUGUUUUAUGGAUGGAGGAGUGGGACUCUAUGACAUGGGUGCCAAGAAAUGGGACUUUCUACGGGACUUGGGUCAUGUUGAGACUAUUUUUGACUGUAAAUUUAAGCCAGAUGACCACAACCUACUGGCCACAGCCAGUUUUGAUGGAACCAUCAAAAUCUGGGACACAGACACACUAACAGCGGUUUACACCUCCCCCGGCAAUGAAGGAGUGGUCUAUUCCCUGUCUUGGGCUCCAGGAGACCUGAACUGCAUUGCAGGCGCAACAUCUCGAAAUGGAGCUUUCAUCUGGGACGUCCGGAAAGGAAAGAUCAUCACUCGCUUUAAUGAGCAUGGUAAGAAUGGUAUAUUCUGUAUAUCAUGGAGCCAUAAGGAUUCUAAGAGGAUUGCUACUUGUAGUGGAGAUGGAUUCUGCAUCAUCCGGACCAUUGAUGGUAAAAUCCUCCAUAAGUACAAACAUCCUGCUGCUGUGUUUGGUUGUGAUUGGAGCCAGAACAACAAAGAUAUGAUAGCAACAGGCUGUGAGGAUAAAAAUGUUCGUGUGUACUACUUGGCCACCAGCUCCGAUCAGCCACUGAAGGUUUUCACUGGGCACUUAGCGAAAGUAUUUCAUGUCCGCUGGUCUCCACUUAGAGAGGGAAUACUCUGCUCUGGAUCGGAUGAUGGCACUGUUCGUAUAUGGGACUACACACAGGAUGCGUGUAUCAAUGUGUUGAGUGGUCAUGCAGCUCCUGUCAGAGGCUUGAUGUGGAACACAGAGGUUCCUUACCUCCUCAUUUCAGGUUCUUGGGAUUAUACAAUCAGAGUGUGGGACACAAGAGAUGGCACAUGUCUAGACACAGUCUGCGACCACGGAGCUGAUGUCUAUGGUUUAACAUGUCAUCAGAGUCGUCCAUUCACUCUGGCCAGCUGUAGCAGAGACAGUACAGUAAGGCUUUGGUCUCUCACACCCCUCAUCUCUCCACUGCUGCUGAACAUCCUCACAAACCAGCCUUGGGAAAGGAUAAUAGGAAACACAGACACAGCUAUGGUUCCCGGGUCUCCUCCGCUGCUCUGUGGUAAAGUGUCUCGUGACAUCAAGCAGGAGCUGGAUAAAUGUAGCUCUGACAUCAUGGCCAAGAAGCUCCGCUGGUUCUCUGAAUGUUUUUCGACUCGUGGAGGCAGCAGCAAUCUUUGGGAUUUGGUGUCAGUGAUUAAUGGCCAGGACGACUCACUGCUACCACCCAGCUACAGUAAAGGAGUGAUGCACAGGAAACACUUGCUCAAGUUCAAAACGUCUGAAGCCCAGGAGCUCACUAUAGUCAAGAUGUCUAAAUUUGGAGGAGGUAUCGGAGCUCCAAGUAAAGAGGAGAGGCUGAUAGAAGCAGCUAACAUCCAUCUGAGACUUGGACAGAUUCAACGAUACUGUGAAUUAAUGGUGGAGCUGGGACAGUGGGAGAAAGCAUUAUCCGUGGCACCAGGAGUCUCCAUGAAGUAUUGGAAGAAACUCAUGCAGAGGAGAGCUGACCAGCUCAUGGCUGAGGAUAAUGAUGAUGCUAUCCCAUACUGCAUCGCUACAGGAGACAUUAAAAACCUUAUAAGUUUCUUCACCGGCCGUGGACAGCUGCUCGAAGCAUUAAUAAUAGCACAGGGAGCAUGUGAAGGAAACAUUUGUGCACCUGAAAGCUUCCAAGUUAACCACACAACCAAUGAUGUGGAUAACAGACUACAAUACCACAGUCUCCUUCAAAGGGUAUGUAAGGAACUAGCUGAGUGGUACUUCCAGGAUGGAUGCUCUGUGCUGGCAGCAUGCUGCUACCUAGCUGUAGACAACAUCAAGUUAGCCAUGUCAAGUCUUAUCCGAGGUAACGAGUUGGAGUUGGCGGCAUGUGUGGGUAUUGUCCUGGGAGAGGCUGCUAAACAGAGCACUCCAUACUGUCUUGAACUCUUGGCCAGGAAAUACAUGACAACAACAACAUGGGCGCUUGCAGUUGACCUACUGAAAAUGAUUCCUGACAACCACAUUCUGUUGGCUAAGCUGUGUGCUUUUUACCCAGGAAGUGUUGCUGAAAUCAACCAAUUUCAUGAAAAUUGCGGUCUCCCUUCCUUAGAGGAAUGUAAGGCCCUAGCGGAAACAGCCAUGUGUGAAGGAGAUUUGUUUUCAGCAGUAAAAUUCUACCUGCUGAGCUCUGAACCUGACAUUGCCCUUAGGAUUGGGCUAGAUCACGUUAAAGAACAGCUGACUCGACCUGAUUGGACAGUGGAUAUUGUUCAGCCAAUCCUGGACCUGAUGAGUUACAUCAGAACAGACUGCCUCAUCAUGGCCAAAUUGACUGGAGCCCGCAGUGAGCUGUUGAUCCUGUGUGGUUACAUUGGAGGUCUGCAGGCAAUCAGAAGGCAGUACUCUAGCAUCGUGCCUGCCCUCUACGAAUACACCAGUCAGCUGAUGAAGCGGAGGGAAGUGUGUGUUCCUCUGAAUAUUGAGCAGCUGUCUGUGGAGCUGGAUGUCUGGAGGGCCUGCACACAAAAUAACAGCAAUCUUUCAUCAGAUUGUCAAAGAGAGUUGUUCAGCUAUCUCGAGAGGAGAAUCCAGCCAACACCACCUGAUGGUUUAGUUCUGUGUGGUGCUGAUUAUGUGACAGGUUCCAAUCUGCCAAGCCACUCAGAUGUUCAUCUGUCUUGUUUCACUGGACAAAGAAUACAGGGUCCAGUUUUUUUGCUGGAGGAUGAUAAAUCCGCAAUCUCUCUUAAUGAUGCCUUAAUGUGGGCAGAAGUCAAUCCUUUCUCUCCACUGGGAACAGGAGUUCGCAUCAACCCUUUCUAACACACACACACAUACACGCACACACACACACACACACACACAAAAAGAGAACAUCCCAAGGUAAGAGGUGGAUAGAUAGGACACAAGAAACAUUUAAAGUAGGGCUGUCAAUAGAAUAAAAAACGAAUUAAUGGCACAUUUUUAAAAUUCAAUAUAUGAAUAUUGCUGUUGUUAUAAUGUUGUUGUUAAUGAAUGUUUUUCUUACUAAAAACUAAAUAAGUAAUGAGUCACUUUAGAAAGCGUGCAUUUUAGACACUGUUGUUUAAUUGUUACCGUGAUUUUAAACUCAAAACUAAACACAUUUGAUCAUCUUGGAGGCAGAAUUCCACCGGGUGGAACUUGUUAAACUAGCAACUCUUCCUGCUGUCCUCAUGCACUGAUCUCAACUCUCCAUAAUUUCACGGCUGUGUUUGAAGUGCCAACAAUCUCCCCAGAUUUAGCCAUAACGUUUUCAAAUCACUGUCUUUUCAGGAUACAGCGUCCGGUCCGUGUACCUUUUGAUAGUCCCUUUUUCCGUAAAAAACAUGAAAUGAAACCACUGUUUUCUCUAAAACGGUAGUUGGCGGCCGUUUUCUAGUUUUUCGUUUUAAAUCUAAAACGAGACAGACUGACAAUCUGUGUAUCAUUCGUUUUUCCGUUAUUUUAUUGAGAAACUAAGAACGAAAAACCAGAGUUGAAAAAACGGGCCACUGGCUGAAAUUUAUUUUGAAACUUUGUGUGUGUGACCCGGAAGUUUUAAAAAGUUGAAAUGAUGACUUAGAUUAUGAGCAUCUUUCGUUGUUUGGUAAAUUGACUUUCCAAACCCUCUUGGCGAAUUUUUGCUUCAGUCAGAUCACAGAGGAUAUAUACGCCAGUGAGCAUUUUUUGGUUGAAAAGACAUUGAAUAGACUUCUAUGCGCGACGUUGAAAAGACGUUGAAUAGCCUUCUAUGCCUGACGUUGAAAAGACUGCAAAAAGUGAACUUUUUUUAAAUUCGUAGACAUUGAAAAGACGUCUAUGUUUAGACCUCAUAUCAACGUGAUUUUUAAUACGGUACAAUGUCAUCCUCUACUUUGUGCUAUAGAAUUAUUUCACAGGUUUAAAAAGAAACAACGUCCACAUUUGUAUGUUUACCACCGAUAUUAAAAAUCACGUUGAAAUCGGGUCUAAACAUAGACGUCUUUUCAACAUCUACGAAUAGACGUCUUUUAACGUCUCUUCAACAGAUAAAUGACAUACUUAGUGACAGUUGUCAUGUCAACAGCCCUUAACAAGGACAACACAUUUGAUUAAUUUGUAUUUAUUAAUAUCAAUAUGACCUUAUACAUAUAACACUUUUCCUAUACAAAACAGCUUACAAAAAUAGAAUAUAUUUUGUGAAAAUAAACUAUGAAAUUAUAAGUUAGUUUAGAAUUAUGUGUUUGUAGCCCAUUUUUCUGAAUCAUUGGAACUUGGAACAUUUUCAGAUUCUGUAACAAGAUCUGGCUCACUUGAAUCAGGAUCGUAUACCUGAAAUCAGCUCCAUCUCCCUCAUCGUCACUCGAUGAUUCUUUGUGUAAAGGGAGUGAGAAUGCGCCCCUCACCCCUCAGUUGCAGAUUCCUCCAGUCAACAUGUUAAUUCAAUUCAAAUUAUUUUAUUUUGUUCAACCCAAAAUUAAAAAUAAGCCUGAGGGAGCUUUACAAACUGUAAACAUACAACAUCCUGUCCAAAACUCCCUUCAACUGGGCAAAACCUGAGGGAGAACAGCGGAGAAGUAAGUGUGUACCGAAUGAACAACUUAAAGAUGUACAGUACGUUCAAUUCCUACAACAGAAAUUAUUCUUAUAUUGAGAGUAGUACACCAGGUGUAAAACCUGAAAUGAAUUCUAAACAUUGCUGGAACAAUAGAAAACGGGAAAAGCUUAAAUUAAUUAAAAAAUUGCUCAAGUAGCAGUAAAAGUAUUUUUUUGGUUUAAUAGCAGUAGAAAAACCAAAAGUAAUAGUGUUAUUAGUAGUACUAGUAUUCUAGUUUCUAGACCCCCUAGGCAAGAAGGACCAUGAGGCCCCCCAGAAUCAUGAUAUUUCGUUGCAGCGUCUAGAGCAGUUCCAUUAUUUUGUCAUAGACGUCAGCUGUCCCUCAGGAAGCCCUUCAGCUCAGGGCCCUAGGGAAUUGCCUGGGUUGCCUGCACCGUUGAGGCGUCUCUGCUAGUAUAAUCAGCUGUAGAACUAAUAAACUAAUACUAUUCGUCAUAGUGGUAUUUGUAGUAACAUCAGUAGUAGUUGUAGUAUUAACAGCAAUAGAAAUAAUAGUAUUGAGAGUAAAAGUAGUUUCAUAGGUAGUAGUACUACUAGUAGUAAAUGAAUUAUUAAAAGCAGUAAAAAAAACUAAUAGUACUUUUUAUAGCAGUAGUAAAAUCAGUUGCAGUGUCACUAUUACUGGUAGUAUUAUUAUUCCAGUACUACUACUAGUAGUAUUAGUAGUAGUGAGUCUAUUUACUAUUAAUAGCAUUUGAAAUACUAUUAGUAAGAGUAUUAGUAGUGGUAGAAGUGGUAUCAGUUGUAGAAGUACUACUAGUUGUAUUUGAAAGAGCAAUAUGUAUUUUAACAAAACAGCUUCAUUCUGUGCUUCAAGGUUAAGGUACAGAUAAUCAUUGAGGCUUUUAUUUUUGAAAUAAUGGAAUCUGGUAAUAGUAGUAGUAGUAAAAGUCAUUUUAGUCCGGUUGAAAAAUAAGAAGUAGUACUAAAAGUACUAGCAAUAUUAGUAGUGGUUGUAGUACUAUUUGAACGAGCAAUAAGUAUUCAACGAAACAGCUUCAUCCUGAGUUUAAUGGUUAAAUCACAGAUAAUAAUUGCAGCUUUUAUUUUGAAAUGAUGUUAUUGGGUGAGGGUGUGAAGGGGGGGUUGAGAGAGUAUUUGUUAGUCAAACUUAAAGUUAUUAAUUGAUGUGCCUCAUCAAACAUUAAGGAAUUCCCUCCAUGAGGGGGGGGGGUUGUUUUGAAAUGAUGGGAUUGGGGGGGGGGAAAGAGAGAGAAAACUGGAAAGAGGGACGGAGGUGUCUGUUGACAGAAAGCAUAGCUGCGUCAUGUGACUCUACCAAUCAGCUGUUAUGGUUCAGCUGUGUGAGACAGAGUGCAGCACGCAAGACUAUCCAUGGCAACGGAGCACCUGAGGGUGGAGACAAGGAAAGGAGGUCCUGAAAUGUCCUCUGUAAGAUCUGAAUACCUUCAGGUCCUGUCAGACUGCACUAAUCAGCUAAUAAGAUGUUGGAAUAAAGAUUAGAACAGUGUUUCUCAACUGGUAGGUCGCGUUUGUAGUGGGUCGCGGGCCUUUGCAUGGGAAAAUUAAAAAAAAAAAAUCAUCCUGUGAUUUUAUUUUGAAGGGACUUUUUAUAAUGCAGCGGAGUUUCGUCUUUUUUCCAUGUUUUCCGUCACCCCCCC